UCAUCAAAAGAAUUUGGGGCCACAAGGAUUUGCUGCAUUUUAUUUUAAUAAUUAAUGCAACAGCCAGCCGCCAAAAUGAGCCACAGGCGCAGGUACUAAUAUUAAAGCGCAUAAUGGAAACACUACCAUGUGCUAGCGAAGUGGCGCAAAUGCAGGAGCACCAACAGCAACAACAAUCUGAAACCCUUGUAAAUAUAAAACGCGUUUCGCUACCUUUCGAGAGGCAAAGCCCUAUGGACACGGAUAUGACCAAAGCCGAGGAUGUGGGGCAAAUGCUAAAACAGAAGCCGCAGCACGCGGCAACUCUUGUUGGCGUCGCGGCACAGGCACAGCUUGUGAAUCUCAGCAGCAUUGACAGCCUCUGCGAGAAUGUGGUUAACAUACCCAAGGAGCUAAUCCUCAUAUCGAUGGUAUCACAGGAGCAGGCUCUUUACAAUCCCAAGCAUCAGCUCUAUCGCAGCACAAAGAGCAAGGAUGAAAAGUGGAGUGAAAUUGGUAGCCAUGUGGGCUGGACAGAUGCGCAAUGUAAGGCCAAAUGGAAGGCCAUGAGGGACCAAUAUUGCCGUGAGCUAAAACGCGCCAAAACGAAUACCAAAGGCAACGUCAAGUGGAAGUACUUCAAGGAGCUGGACUUUCUGCGUCCUUAUGCGCUGGCACGCAACUAUCGAUCACGUGGCGCGCAGAACGGCAAUGGAAUUCUGACGUCGAUAUCGCUGCCCAAUAUGAGCACCAGCACAACCACCACCAACAGCAGGGGCAACGUGAAUAACAAUUCUUUUAGCAACAGCAAUAGCAGCAGCCAAAAUCUUACCUUGACCACAGAAUGCAGCAAAUUUACCAACAUCAAAAUCGAGGAGCGAAGCGCCUCGCUGCUGGAAAACUGCAGCUUUGUACCGACAACAACAACGACGGUGACAACAGCAACUGCAUCCGCUGUGGCUGCGCUUGAUAAGAAAACGGAUGCGUCGCGUGGAAUUAGCGCAUAUUUAGCUAGCCAAAUCAUGCAGCAGCAACAGCCGUCACAGCAGGAAACCAAUUGGAACUAUUUGACCGAUGCAAGUGGAAAUGCCGUUGGCUCUGCCACAUCGAUAACUGUUACCUGCGAGACGCCGAAUCAAACGUCUGGCAAUACGCUUUACAAUGAGUUUGUGGACUGUGUGAAUGCUGCCAACGUUGUGAGUCAAUCGACAACGCACAAUCAUCAAACGAAUGCCGAUGAGGAGGACGAUGAUCCAAUACACACAUUUCUCAAUAUGGAAAGCUACUUUGAGAAGGAGCUAAUCAUACUGAUACAGCAGGAGGAUAUGAUCUACAACUAUAGCAAUCAAAACUAUCGCAAUGUCAAACUAAAGCUGGAAGUCUGGGAUGAAAUAGCGCGAAAACUUAAGAAGCCAGUCAAGCAAUGCCGACAGAAAUGGAAGGCACUACGGGACCAAUAUGCACGGGAGUACAAACGUCUGAAAACGCAGCUGCAUAUUGACGCCACAUCGCGUUGGAAGCACUAUGAUUCCCUCGGCUUUCUACAGAAAUAUAUUCAACAAAAGUCGCUUGAUGGAGACACGCUGAACAUGCUGCUGCCCAAGCACGAACUUGAGGAGCAUAUGGCCCAAUCGCCAUUGCAGCAUUCCGAGCCACAGUCAAGCACUUUGGAUACAUCGCCCAGUAGCUCAUCCCAGCUUAACAUGUCCACACUGCCGCCGCUAUCGGGUCCACACAAAGUCGAACUGUCUGCCACAAUGCAGCAACAACAGCAGCAGGAGGUGCAGCAACCCAGCGAGCUGUGCGUGGCCAGUUACGAUGAAAUGGAUAUAGAAAACUAUAUAAACGGCGAUGUGGUGCAUGAUGAUGAGGGUGAGGAGAACGAAAACGAGGAUAUGGAGACGACGCCAACAUCUGAACAACCUACACAACAGCAGCAGCAACAACAACAUGUGGUUAACUAUGAGAAUGAUGAUGAUUCCGUUUAUAUGGCCGUGCAAAGCGUAAGCAAUGCCCUAUCCAAGUCGGAGCCGCUCAACGAGACGGGCAGCAGCCUGGAGCCACAGCAGCAGCAACAGCUGCAACAACAACUACAAGCUGCUGGCGACUAUACGCAAAAGCUGGAGGUGCAUACGCCCACUUCGACCAGCACACGCUUUCAAAAUACAGCCAACACGCCAUCAACGUCUAGUCAGGCUGUCUUUCCACUCGGCGCCUGUUCCAUGGCUACAGAGGAGGAUGAAAUCGGUGCCUUCUUCAAGGCCGUUGCCAUGAAAAUACGCAGUGCACAAUUGGAGCCCGUGGCUUUUACUGAUCUGCAAAUUGAUAUAUUGCGGGUCAUUAACGAGGCGCUGCGUAAUCACUAGAAACAAGUGAAGGACGCAGAGAUAAA